UUGGUGUUAUUUAGUGUAUGACGACUUCACAGAUGCACUAAAACAGUAAUAGCUAUAAUUCUAUAGUAGAGUUAUAAGUUUCAAGUGAGAGUGUAAUCUAUUGUAAUCUGAUGGCUACUAAAGCAGACCCCGGCCCCACAGGUGUUAAAGUCCAUCUUAUCAAUGUAGGGCAGGGAGAUGCAAUAUUGCUAGAGGUUAUAUAUGCUGAUGGUACAUCACCCAAAAGGUACCUUAUCGAUGGUGGCGUGAAGCGACAAAAAAAUAACCUAAUAAAGGCCCUGAAGUGUAACGAAUGCAUACAUUCAAAAUCUUCAGUAGAAAAAACAUCGAAAGAUUGUAUAGAGCUUGACUUGAUUGUCAAUACUCAUCCGGAUGCUGACCAUUGUGGGGGAAUUAAUGCACUUUUAGAUGGAACGUACAAUUUCUGCUGUCCUAUCAUAACCACCAAAGACGCGAAAGUGCAAGUAAGUCCUAAGGACCAAAGCAUUGAAAAAGACUAUGAUACAAGUGCAGAAGGUGAUUGCCUUCAUUUUUGGUUUCAGCAACCUGGAAAAAUUUACAAAGAUUUAAAAGGAUCAACCGUAACAAUUUCGAAAAAAGACACAAACAAGGAUUGUAAUGAAGAAAGUAUUCUGACAACUGUAAAACUACCAGAGAGCAAAAUUUACAAUUACGAUGUGGUGUUGACUGGCGACUCAUAUGCUGUGACCAUCCUUAAAACACUUGGACUCUCACCAACGCCUGCAAGUCCACUAAAGAUUCCAAGAGUUUGUAUUUUUCAAGUGCCUCAUCAUGGAAGCAAGAGUGCAUAUGCCAAGAAAAAAGGUCAAGCUGCUAUCGAUUAUAAGGAAUUCUAUAUGAAAUUUGAUGCAGACAUCUACUUAAUCAGUCAUGGCGAACGCUACAAACAUCCGCAUGAGGAAGUUAUCACAGGCAUUCUCUCUGCAGCUGUCGAUAAAAAAAAAAAGUGUAACAUAGUAGUCACGGCAACAUAUUUUGACAAACAAUUGAAAAUCAAAGACAAAAAUGUAUCCGACAACUGGAGUGGUUAUGUUACCAUCUACCACUUCAAAAAAGACAUUUCGUAUGUCACCCUACUCGGUACCGAGGGUCUAUCCAGUAUCGAGGGUCUAUCCAGUAUCGAGGGUCUACAGCUGUACACUGGAAAAGAGGUAAGUGACCCCCCACGAGGAAAACCCCUCGUUAGAGGGCGCUCAAGCUCCGAGGUAUUGGACCCUUGGGAGAGGUCAAGCUCAGGAAGACUCGUUAAAGGGUGCUCAAGCUCCAAGAAACAAGACAAGCAUGAUGGAAGAAAAUUCAAACAACGUAAACGUGCAACAGCUAUGCAUCCAAAUCCUCCAACUCCAUCCAGAAAGGUAUUGGACCCUUGGGAGAGGUCAAGCUCAGGAAGACUCGUUAAAGGGCGCUCAAGCUCCAAGAAACAAGACAAGCGUCAGCGUAUUGAUGAUGAUAAAACUGGGGAAAGAAAACCCAAACAACGUAAACAUGCAACAGCUAAGGAAUUUGAACGAGAUGUUUCGAUACGGCAUUCAAAUCCUCCAACUCCAUCCAGAAAGCACACUACUGUAAAUACCCUAUUAUCAAGCAAUGGCUUGGGGUUCGAAGACGUAAAUACAGAGUGCAGAUAUGACCAUUUAUAUGAGAUUUCAAAGCAGCUGGAAAACUGGGAGCAGGUAGUAAUGCGGCUGGGAUUAACACAAGAUGAUAUUGAUCUCAUCAAACGUAACACAUCAAGUAUGAGGAGGAGGAGAUUGGACAGUCUUAAUAAAUGGACAUCUAUGACUGGAACAGCUACGUAUCGAGUUCUACUACAAGCUUUGUUGGGCUGUGGCUACAAUGACCAAGCAACACAAGUGUGCUCACUACUCAAGAAAUCACUACUGUAUCAAGAGAGAAGUCUGAUGGCUACAGUUGAUCUUUAAGGAUAGAAGCAUAGAUCUAUGAUAUUUAGUGUUAUACCGUAUAGCGGGUAAAUUUAGCGAAUGAGGCAAUUAAACUACUAUUAACGAUUUCUAAUUUGACGAUUAUGCUGCACAAAAUUAUUGAUCUCGUGCGAUAUACCAGGUCUGAGUUCAAGCUAACGCGGUUUUUAAUUUUGUGAUUCCCAAAUUUAUCCACUAUACGGUACAUGACUACUCCUGA